CUUCUUCCCUUCCCUACCCUUUGUCUCACAGAAAUCCCAUUAAAACUCGCUCCCAACUUACACUUCGCCUGCUCCUCCGAACCCUUUCCAUAAGGGAAGGCAGAAGCCAUAAAAAAAAAUUUUAAAAACAUGUUUGAUCAACCUCCUCAUUGAGGGUCUGAAUCAAGGUCUUUCUCUCUCUCCUGUCUCUCUCUCUCUUUCUUUCCCUGUAAUAACUAUAAUUACAACAGGGAAAUGUCGCGGACACUGGCACUAUUAUUCUUCUUUUUGUUCUUAAUCACUUUCGAGAUUGGUACAGCCCAGGAUUACGACUACGCCGGCGAUAAACCACCCACACCUCCAGCACCGCCACCUGCACAAGAUAGCUGUUCUGGGAUCUUUUUAAAUUAUGAGUUUUUAUAUCGAGAGAAAGAGUAUCCCCACGUUAAGAAUGCAACGGCGCAGGCAUGGGCUUUUAAAUCAACUGCAACUAUAUUCAAUGCUGGGGAUGUGGAACUAAAGGGUUGGAAGAUAUUUAUUGGGUUUCAACAUAAAGAGAUUCUUAUUGCAGCGAGUAAUGCAGUUAUUUUUGACGGUGAUGAUUUGCCGGUGAAGGUCGGAAAUGGGACACACCUAGUUGGAUAUCCUCAGACGGAUUUGAAGACAUCUAUUGAUACAGCAAAUGAUAUGACUCAGAUUCAGGCGAAGAUUGAGAUGACUGGAACUCAGUUUGGGGUGAAACCACCUGGUAUUCCAAUGCCUAAGACUAUACGACUUGAAACUGAUGGCUACAAGUGUCCUGCACCAAUCAAAAAGAAAACUGAAAUGCACGUCUGUUGUAAGAAGGACCCAAAAUUCAAGGCCAAGAAACCUAAAUCAGUGAAGUUCUUGCCUCGUCAAGAAGGUGAUCUAUCUAUGACCUAUGAUAUUAUCCAAGCAAACGAAGGGAACUAUAUGGCCCAGGUAACCAUGGAGAACAACCACCCUCUAGGACGUCUAGACCAUUGGAACUUAACUUGGGAAUGGAUGAGAGGAGAGUUCAUAUACAGUAUGAAAGGAGCCUAUACUCACCUGAAAGAUCCUUCUGACUGCCUUUACGGCCCUGCCGGACAAUUCUACAAGGAUUUCGACUUCAGUACUGUCAUGAAUUGCGAAAAAAGACCAGUCAUAUCUGAUCUUCCUGCUGAUAGAGCCAAGGAUGAGAAAAUUGGAAACGUGCCUUACUGUUGUAGAAAUGGUACUCUCCUACCAACAACCAUGGAUGAGAGCAAAACCAAAUCUGUUUUCCAAUUGCAGGUCUUUAAGAUCCAACCAGAUAUGAACAGAACUGCUCUGUUUCCACCCCAAAAAUGGAAAAUCAAUGGUGUUCUGAAUCCAGAUUACAAAUGUGGUGCUCCAAUUAGAGUUGACCCAACAGAAACUCCAGACCCAAGUGGGCUUGACACAACCACUGAAGCUAUUGCAAGUUGGCAAGUAGUCUGCAACAUCACUAAGCCUAAGGGCACAGCCUCUCAUUGUUGUGUCUCCUUCUCUGCUUUCUACAAUGACUCUGUCAUCCCCUGUAAUACAUGUGCCUGUGGUUGUCCUGACAAUGAUACUUGCAAUCCAAAUGCCAAAGCUAUGCUUCUUCCUCCUGAAGCUCUUCUUGUUCCCUUCGACAACAGAACUGCGAAAGCCAAGGCUUGGGCUAAACUGAAGCACUAUCCUGUUCCCCGUAAAUUACCCUGUGCUGAUAACUGUGGAGUUAGCAUAAAUUGGCAUAUUUCCUCUGAUUACAGAAAAGGAUGGACAGCUCGUAUCACUCUUUUCAAUUGGGAAGAAAUCAAUUUUGAAGAUUGGUUUACUGCAAUUCAAAUGAACAAGGCUUACCCUGGUUACGAAAACGUCUACUCAUUUAAUGGAACAAAAAUUCCAGAACUGGACAAUACCAUCUUCUUCCAGGGAUUACCAGGUCUGACUUUCCUGAUGGGAGAGACGAAUGGAACAGAUCCUAAAAGUGGCCCAAGGGUACCAGGUAAGCAACAAUCAGUGAUUUCAUUCUCCAAGGCCAAGACACCGGGGAUUAAUAUAGUAAAAGGAGAUGGGUUCCCUACAAAAGUGUUUUUUAAUGGAGAAGAAUGUUCCCUUCCUACAGUAUUUCCUAAAGGAGAUGGCCAUCGAUCUCAUGUUAGCCUUGUACCCAUAAUUUUCCUUACAAUAAUGAGCUUUGUGCUUAUGAAUGAUCACCUACACCUACAGUGAUGAAUUCAUGAUGAUGAUGAUGAUGAUCAUUCAUUCAGAUUUUUAUCAUACUUUGGGAGUCUAAUUCUUGGGUAUUGUUCCUCUUGUGACAGCAAGCAGAUUCAUUAAGUCUUCACUCUGUCCAGAAAUAGUUUGUUUGUUUUGAUUUUUGUAUUCAGUAAUUCGAAUUUUAGUUGCAGAAUUCACAAUACCCGCAUGAACCUCAUUCUGAUUUCUCUUUAAGCCUCUUUCUCAAGUUAUUAAUCUCUGUAAGUUUGAGGGGGAGGCGGGUGGAUUGAACAAUGGAACCAUGAACAAGAUUGGAUAUCCAAGAAGGUUUCGAUGAUGAGUUGAACCCCUGAAGCACACAGAAGAGGCUCUAGCAAAUAUAAGCUCUUCAAGGAAGGAAAUAUUGUAGUGUGUACCUACCUGCAAGUUCUAUAUACAAAAUGAAAAUGGAUUUUUAUAUUGUAAGCAAAAGGGUUUCUUCCAUGCCUUUUUUUUUUUUCCCCCUCCAAGAGGUUUGUAGGUGGCCAGCAUUCUUGUCUUGCUUCUGGAGACAAGCUUUGUUUGAUUUCCCAGUCCAUGAAUGGAAAUGUUGUAUUCUAUGUAAAGGCUGGCUAAUGGGAAAGACAAUUUUAGGCUCAACUUACAAUUAGAUACUAGAUCUUAAAACUAUUUAUUUCAA